CUGGCUCCUGCAACUGCAGCAAGGAAAUAUAUGUGGGUGAAUGACUAAUGACUCUUGACCUAACGUGUUCGCUUGUGAUGAUGCCCGAAGUUCCUUUCGCUUCAAUCCUCGGCUGGAGCUAAGGGGUUCUCUUUGCUGGAGGAAUGGCAUCCCCGGAGCCCGGUGACAGAGAUCCGUCGGUGGAGCUGGUCGUCUGCGACGUGCCAGCACCGGCGCCAGCAGGAACCGACAGCGGCGGCGGAGGAGGAGCCUCGGAGGAGAUAGCACCGCUGCUGAGCCAAUCAGCGAAACCCAAGAUCAACAUCUUUACCCUCUCCUAUCCCCGGAGAAAAGCAAGGGAGCAAGUGAUAAGAUCACAAGAGACCGAGGGAUCUCCCUUUCUUCAUUUUGUUUCUUUGCUCUGGAGUGGAUCCAGGUACUCUGGUCUGUUGUGCAUGGUUGUAUCAUCUGCUUUCUACCUUCUGAUGGAAAUCAUAUCCGAUGCCUUCUCGGUUCAGCCGAUUCCAUUGUACGAGACAGUAUUUGCUCGGAGCACAAUUAUUUUGAUUUUGUCAUGUUCGUGGUUGAGGAGGAGUGGCCAGCCUAUAUUUGAGCCCAGACAUGUCAGAAAGUUCUUAGUUUUAAGAGCCCUGCUGGGAUAUCUCUCCUUAAUGGGUUUCAUAUUUUGCAUUCAAAGAUUACCUUUGUCUCAGGCCACUGUUCUGAGCUUCACUACCCCAAUUAUGGCCUCUAUUGCAGCAAGAAUAAUGUUGAAUGAAAAGUUGAGAAUCGGGGAAAUAGGAGGUCUUGCUUGCAGUUUCUUUGGUUUGCUCUUCAUUUUUCAGCCAACGCUCAUCAGACAAGGAGGCUUGAGUAAGGCUGGGGAACUGAGUGUCGUGUACUUUCAGGGAAGUCACCAUAUAUAUGCUGUCUUAGUUGGCAUAUUCGCUGCAAUAACAGGUGGAAUCAGCUACUGCUGUAUACGUGCAGCAUCCAGGGAAUCCAGUCAACCAAUGAGCUCGUUGUUUUCAUUUAGCUUGCUGGCUGCCCCUGCAGCAGCAAUUUGUACAUUUUUAUUUGAAGUUUUUGUGCUUCCGGGGAUUUACUCACUCUUCAUAAUGGUUAUGCUUGGUCUACUUGCUUUUUUCGCGGAGUUAUUACUAGCGCGUGCUCUUCAGCUCGAAAAAACCAGCAAAGCUGCAAAUGUUCAGUUCAUAGAGGUUGCCUUCUUACAGUUACGGGGAAUCGGUCUGAGACUAGUGGCUCCCUCUUUUGGACACCUUGUUGGGUGCUUGCUGAUCCUAAUAUCAGCGGGUUACACAAUUUACGCCGGACCUGAUAAAGAGACGGGCUGAGAGGGAAUAGGCGAAUACAGAAACACGUACUCUCUGAUAGCUGUCAGCGACCUGAUAAAGAAACACGUGCAAAAGCCGAUGAAAACAAUUCACCGACCAUCCUUUCUCAUUGUUGUUGAUCUCGAAAGGGGAAAGAAAGGGAAAUGUUCUUCGGGGACCCCUCCUUCAUCAGCCUCAGUUGGAUCAAAGGGUGAAAGGAUCUUCGAACUUUUCUUGUAACUAAAGAUAGAUAAAGAAGGUUAAAAGGGCUUUAGGAUCUCUGUCAUUGUUUGCCCCCUCCCGCCUGUUUUGAUUCUUUGUCCAUGUGAAGGAGAAAGUGAUGGGUGAGGGACCUCACAGUGUUUUACUGACUCGCAUCUCUAUAUGAUAAGUUGAGAACUUUGUCAUCA